ACCUCCCUGAGCAUCAUGAUGCCGGUGCACUGACUGCAGGAUAUUAGCUGACACUGAGGAAUAGCAGGGGGCAGAGGUGGGAGGAGGGUGCUGAGCUCAUAUAUCAGCACUGCCAGAGAGCCCCUAUGAGCAAUUGAGAGAAGAUAAAGCCGAUAGGUGGAGGCAGGCUCUGGGCAUCCUAUUAAAUGUCAGGGCACAUGCAGGGACUGGGCUUUGAUGAAGUGGCAGGAGUCCAGGCUGCACACAGCAAGCCAUCAGCUGCCAUUUGGCCAGAGCUAGCAGCCAGCGCAACUCACUGCCAAUUUAAUUGCUCCCCACCUCCUGAAAAGUGUCCAGACAUGGCCUAGACUCAAUUAACUCCUUCCCUUCAGGAACAACUUGCUCAGAAACAAGGCAGGGCAAUGAGGGCAUAUCCAGCCUGUCACGACGCCUUGCUCUUGUUGGGGUUACUGGGAGUCGUAGUUCAUUUGCAGCUGUUCAGCCACAGGUUCCAAGCCGAGCAGAGACUUUGCACCACACACUCCAGCAGCAACUCAGGGGUUGUCUCCUCCUCCUUCCCUCACUGCUCUCUGUCCGGCCACCCAAGGGAGUGACCUCUGGUUCUUUGACAGCUCCCUAAUACCUCGCAGAACACCCCUUCCACGCCACGCCUUCAGCUCGACGAUUGGCUGGCGCGCCGGUAACCCUCGUUCUCAUUGGCUCGUCCCUCUCCCCCCCUCACCCGCCUCGAACCUUCAGAACUCCGAGACAGACAAUAUUCAGUUACAUUGUAGCAAGAUGGCGACUGUCAUUCACAACCCACUGAAACCGCUUGGAGAUCAGUUCUACAAAGAUGCAAUUGAACACUGCCGAAGCUACAACUCCCGCUUAUGUGCCGAGCGCAGCGUCCGCCUUCCUUUUCUCGACUCCCAGACUGGGGUGGCUCAGAAUAAUUGUUACAUAUGGAUGGAAAAGAGACACAGAGGGCCAGGAAUGGCUCCCGGGCAGUUAUAUACUUACCCUGCACGGUGUUGGAGGAAAAAGCGGCGUUUACACCCCCCAGAAGAUCCCAGGUUGAGACUUUUGGAAAUAAAAACAGAUGUUGACUUCUCUCUGAGGAAGGACAACGUUUUGUCAGAAGGAACUACACUGGAAGCCUUGCUACGAGGUGAAGCAAUUGAGAAGAAAGAUGUCAGAGAUGAAGAAAGUCUACAGGAGAUUCAGAGAGUGUUAGAAAACGAUGAAAAUGCAGAUGACGCCAAUGGAGAGGAUGAUAUAGAAGAAGAAGUUCCAAAGCGAAAGAACAGGAGCAGGGGACGGGCUCGUGGUGGCAGGAGGAGGAACGAUACCUCAAUCGAUGAACAUGAUAAACCCUAUGUGUGUGACAAUAGUUACAAACAAAAGCAUAACUCAAAAACAGCCGACAAAGUUUGUGGGAAACGCUACAAGAACAGGCCUGGCCUCAGCUACCAUUAUGCCCACACUCAUUUAGCUGAUGAAGAAGGGACAGACUGCAGAGACCAAGAGACACGGUCCCCAAGUUCUCCCUCUGCCAUUAGAAAUGAAAACCAGAAACCUCGCAAAGGAACAGAUGGUGCUAUACUUUCCAAUAACUACUGUGAUUUCUGUCUCGGAGACUCAAGCAUUAACAAAAAAAGUGGACAACCAGAGGAGCUUGUGUCCUGUGCAGACUGUGGGCGCUCUGGCCAUCCGACCUGCUUGCAGUUCACUGUGAAUAUGACAGAGGCCGUCAAAACCUACCAGUGGCAAUGCAUCGAGUGCAAAUCCUGUGUUGUCUGUGGGACAUCUGAGAAUGAUGAACAGCUGCUUUUUUGUGAUGACUGUGACCGUGGAUACCACAUGUACUGUCUAAUCCCACCCAUGGCUGAACCUCCAGAAGGAAGCUGGAGCUGCCAUUUGUGUGUGAACGAAUUAAAGGAGAAGACCUCGUUCUCCAUCUAAAUGAACUAUGCCCUGCUAUGCAGAGAGAAAACCAUUUCUUGCCUGGGAAGAAGAAAGACCAAGCAUUUCUCUCACUCACACGUAAAGCUCAUCAUUUGGUUUUCUUUUGUUACCAUCCUGCUGAUUUACUAGUAUUAAAACCACCAGAAGUCGAUGUACAGUUUGACUUUUGGGGGUUUUCUGGGAAACCCUAGACAGAUGCACUGCCAGGACUGAUCGAGUUAUUUAGGUAUGGUUUGCAGUGCUGCCUAUUCCAAGAUAUUCUUCAGUAUUCGUUAUGGCUGGUCUGACAUUUCAUAAGCUAGGUUUGUACAUCUAGGGACAUAGGUUACAAGCUACAUUAAACACAUAUUAUGGGUGCGGGAGUUCACACUAACACUGCUCUUCUUUCAAGACUGCUCAGUCAUGUAUUGCUUUGCUUCUCUUGCUUCAGCUGCCUAUCUGUCUAUACCUUAUAUAACACUGACGCAAGCUCUUCAUUGACAAGCCACUUGUCAUGCCUUUAAAAUGCUUUUUAAUAUUUAAAGGGACAUUAGUGCUAACAAACCUAUGCUGCUCAUUAAUUGUAUAAUACCUAUGGAACGAGCCACAGAUUUAGAACCCAUUUAAUAAUAUGUUCAUGUGCAUUCUCCCUUUUUGUGACUGGCUGUACAAUGCAGAACACUGACCGGUGCCUUUGGAGGAAGCAAAGGUUAUGAAUGGGGAGAAUGACACUGUUCUCUAAGUAUCAGUGGCCUACAGUAAGUCCAUGCAAGGGAUUUCAAUGUAUUGUGAUCUGGGUUCAGAAAUGUUCUCCUUAUAAUUUAGACAUUCCUAUAUUUAUGUAUGGCAUGCUUUAUUGUUCCAUUCCAUACCUGUCAACUGUCCAGUUUUUCCCCAAAUUUCAAGACAAGGAAGGGGAGGUGUUACGUGAAAGGGGCAGGGGGGGUCGGGUUAUAGCUAAAUCUGGAUUGGGCCAGAUUGUCCUGAUUCUUUUCAUAUGGGGAGGAUGCUGGCAGGUAUACUGUUCUUACACAAAACAAUUAAAACUGGAAAAUAUCUUACUGCUCUCUUGUGCCACGCUUAUACAUGAAACACUGGCACGUUGGACUUAUUAGAGGGUAUGACGUUUCAGAGAGGAAGCAUUCGUUUCUCCAGUUUCCUUGUUUCCCCAGUAAAGGAGAGGGACAAAGUUCCGAUAUGAUUAUAACUCCAGAUACCAUUCAGUAAGAAAAAUUGAUAUCAGCUGCAGAUUUUCAACGGGAGAAAUGGUGAGAUAGGUUUUUCUUAUUAGAUGGAAUCUGUCCAGUUGUUUCCUGGGGAAAGCCUAAAGCUGGCCAUAGAUACAGUAUAACCUUAAUAUUAGACAAACGAUUGUGCGGUGCAAUCUCCCGACCUACCACUAACCAUUCAGAUUGAAUAAAGUAGUAAAAGAACAAAUCGGGUGUUGUUCUGUGACUCUGUCACUGACAGCAAUCGUGCGACAAAUAGUAGUGAUAGUCUCCCAUUGAUAUUGUCAGAUAGACAAUACAUGCAGAGAUAUUAUCACUAGUCAAUAUAAAUCUUCUGUCUGAUUGACUAAAUGAUCGACAUGGAACGAAAAAUGUCGGGACGAUCCACACAUGAUCCGAAAGUCAUACGAAUCAAGAAUUCAUACGUCUGUAUCUAUGGCCAGCUUAACAGAGCAGUGGGUGAAGAAUUAUCCGUUCAUGCCAUGUUGACUCCCUGUGGUGCAGGGAUGGGGCUAAAGUACUUGGGGAUACACCACAAAAUGCCAGUAUGCUUUAUAAUUGUAAGGACACGUGACUUCAAUCUGUUUGGCGGGACAGACACAUGCAUUUCACCCCUCUUUUAGCAAAUGGGUAUUAGAGUAUCAGUAUUAAGAAAAAGAUAUCGCACUUGAUUUUAUAACAUUUUACUGAAUGGCAUUUAAUAUCUGUUACACAUUUCAGUUGUGUUCUUUUAAAUAAAACUUGAUUUCCCAUCA